AUGGCACCCAUGGUCUCCUUGUCCUCAGGGCUCGUGGUCACGAGCCUCCUCACCGGGCUUUCACAAGGCGCGAGCAUCGGCAGGCGUGCCGACGUCCCAGCUCCCUAUGUCGCGGCUCCAUACUACCCGGCCCCUUACACGGGUUGGAUCCCGAGCUGGAGCGACAGUGUCAAGAAGGCCAAAGCCCUGGUGGAUACAAUGACCUUGGCUGAGAAGGCCAACAUUACAGCCGGCACUGGCAUUUUUAUGGGUAAGGACUCGGCUCUGGGCGUCCGCAGCACUGAUCAUGCUACCGCUUUCCCCGCCGGUAUCACCACCGGUGGCACUUGGGACAAGGACUUGAUCUACCAGCGCGGCGUGGCGCUUGGCCAAGAGUUCCGUGGCAAAGGCGCAAACAUCUAUCUCGGCCCUACCGUCGGUCCCCUCGGCCGCAAGCCUCGUGAUGGGCGUAGUUGGGAGGGCUUCGGAGCCGACCCUGUGAUAGAAGCCAUAGGCGCCAAGUAUACGAUUAAGGGUGUCCAAGAGCAGGGUGUCAUGGCCACUAUCAAGCAUCUUGUUGGAAACGAGCAAGAGAUGUGGCGCAUGUACAACCCCUUCCAGCCUGCUUACAGUGCCAACAUUGAUGACCGGACUAUGCAUGAGCUCUACCUUUGGCCCUUCGCUGAAGCCAUCAGAGCGGGCGCGGCGUCAGUGAUGGGCGCUUACAACGCCGUGAACGGCUCCUCGUCUACCCAGAACAGCUACCUGAACAACAACCUGCUGAAGGACGAGCUCGGAUUCCAAGGAUUCCUCAUGUCGGACUGGCUGGCGCAGAUCUCCGGUGUCCCUGCAGCCCUCGCCGGCCUGGACAUGGCGAUGCCAGGUGACACGAUGGUCCCUCUGCUCGGCACCUCCUACUGGAUGUACGAGAUGAGCCGGGCUGUCCUGAAUGGCUCCAUGCCCGUCGACAGGCUGGACGACGCGGCGGUGAGGAUUGUUGCCGCCUGGUACCACCUGGGACAGGACGCCAACUACCCAGAGCCAAACUUUUCGUCGUACACGAGCGACGCAGAGGGGGCGCUUCACCCUGGUGCGCUGUUCAGCCCAUCCGGCGUCGUCAACCAGUUCGUCGACGUGCGAGGCAACCACGCCGCCAUUGCCCGGCAGGUCGCACAAGACGCGAUUGCCCUGCUGAAGAACGACGGCGACCUGCUCCCUCUCUCCAAGAGCGCCAAGCUGUCGCUGUUCGGUACAGACCAGGCAGUCAACCCGGAUGGAGCAAACGCCUGUUCCGACCGCAGCUGCAACAAGGGAACACUGGGGAUGGGCUGGGGCAGCGGCACUGCUAACUACGAGACGUUCGACGACCCGCUUGGUGCCAUCAAGGCCAACGCGGCGAAUGUCACAUCGUACAACACCGACUCCUUCCCCGGCAACGUCCCGGCGCCGGGCCCUGACGACGUCGCUAUCGUUUUUAUCACCUCUGACGCCGGCGAGAACUCCAUCACCGUCGAGGGCAACGCUGGUGACCGGAGCCAGGAUGGUCUCAAGGCAUGGCACAACGGUGACAAGCUGGUGCAGGAUGCCGCGGCCAAGUUCAGCAAUGUUGUGGUUGUCGUCCACACUGUUGGUCCCAUCGUCAUGGAGCCGUGGAUCGAGUUGCCCUCUGUCAAGGCGGUCCUCGUCGCGCACUUGCCCGGCCAGGAAGCCGGCCAGUCCUUGACCAAUGUCCUGUUCGGAGAUGUCUCCCCCAGCGGCCAUCUGCCAUACACCAUCCCCGUCGCCGAGGACGACUACCCGGCGAGCGUGAGCCUGACUGGGUUCGCACCGGGCCAGAUCCAGGAUACCUACAGCGAGGGACUCUUCAUCGACUACAAGUACCUAAACUCGGUCGGCAAGAAGCCCCGCUUCGCCUUCGGCCACGGCCUCUCCUACACAAACUUCACCUACACGGACGCCACCAUCACCAAGGUGACCCAGCUGACAACCACGCCGCCGGCGCGGCCCGCCAAGUCCGGCGUCCCAGCCUUCAACAAGACGGUGCCCCUCGCGGCCGAGGCCUACGAGCCCGCGGGCUUCUCCAAGGUCUGGCGCUACCUGUACCCGUGGCUGUCGCAGUCGGACGCCGACGCCGCGGCCGCCACGGGCGCGGCCGUCGCCAGCGGCUCCCAGGCCGGCUACCCCUACCCGGCGGGCUACUCGGGCACGCAGAAGCCCGGCCCGGCGGCGGGCGGCGGGCUCGGCGGCAACGACGCCCUCUGGGACACGGCGUACACGGUCCGCGUGACGGUGACCAACACGGGGUCGCGCGGCUUCUCGGGCCGCGCCGUGGCGCAGGCGUACGUGCAGUUCCCCUCCGGCACCGGCUACGACGGCCCCGUGGUCCAGCUCCGCGACUUUGCCAAGACCAAGGCCCUCGCGCCGGGGGCGAGCGAGGUCGUCGAGCUCACGCUCACGCGCAAGGACGUCAGCGUCUGGGAUGUCGUGCGCCAGAACUGGGUCGUCCCUGCUGUCGACGGGGCGUACAAGAUCUGGGUCGGCGAGUCGAGCGACGCGCUGUUCCUGGCUUGUGACGCGAGCACGCUGAGUUGUGCGGAUGGGCUGACUGCGCCGGUCUGA